AUCCAAGACAGUACUGGAUAAGUAUGUGUUUUAUGCAGACAUCCGAGUCGUCGCUGGAGUCGACAUGUGUGAUUCAGAGUUGUAUGAGCCAUCGUCAACACCUGGACGGACUUUGAAUUUACACCUUUGACCGAACCAAGUUGGCAGAACUUGGAAUCAGCUAAAAGGUAACUGCAUAAAUACAGCGCAGACCUCAUCCAUAACGAGCAAACAUGGCUAGAAAUGAAGAAAAAGCACAAUCCAUGCUCUACCGCUUUCGUGAGGCGCAGGCAGCAGAGCUUGGGCUUGGAACCAGGAGCGACCGUAGACCCAAGAUGGCCAGUGCAUGUAAGAGUCUGAGAGAGUGUGAGCGGUGGAGAGGUGAGAUACUCAGAGAGAUAAGCAGGAAAGUGUCCAAGAUUCAAGACGCUGGUAUGACGGACUACGAAGUGCGCGACCUCAACGACGAGAUCAACAAACUCAUGCGCGAAAAGAGACAUUGGGAGAACCAGAUCGUCGCUCUGGGUGGUGCCAACUACAGGCGGAACGUCGCUAUGCUCGACGAUGAUGGGAAAGAAGUACCAGGGACGAAAGGAUACAAAUACUUUGGUCGCGCCAAAGACCUCCCUGGUGUCCGCGAGCUCUUUGAGAGCAGAAAAAAAGAGGAGGACGAGGAAAACCAAGCUCUCGCGUUCUACAAAAAGUUCAUGAACCAUGGCCCCGCGUAUUUUGGGGACCUUGACGAGGGAGACGGCAAGUUGCUUGCAUUCGAGAGGGAGGCAGAGGAAGGAGAAUGGACAGAAGCAUGCACUCACGUGUGGACCAUCCUUGGAAUACCUACCAGCGAACCACACCCACAGUUCCCCGGAUCUACCCAGUCAAAAGUUAUCAGUUCCUCCUCGGACUCGCCCCCACUUCCACCACCAAAUACGGCCUCCGCCAAACGAAAAGCCUCAGAUCAAGAUCAAGAUGGUGAUACCACUAUGUCUACCGCCUCUUCUGACACGCGCGUCUCGGAUCCAUCAUCGAAGCGUUCAAAAGCGUCCAUUUCAAACACAUCAGACCCAUCUCCAACCGCUACCACAAAUUCACAAACGGUCGCUACGACAAGCCCACAUCUCGCCCACGCUCAAGCUGCUGCUUCGUACAUCCCCUUUCUUUCCCCGGAGGACCUGCUCCCGCCUAAACUGCCGACGAGGGAGGAAAUGGAAGGCGUUUUGCUGAGGUUGCGGAAGCAGGUACUAGUACAGGAGUAUUUUGGGGAGGGGUAGUAAGGCCAUUUGUGGUUGUGUUGUAUGGAGGGUAAUGUGAAGGCGAGAAGAAGGGAGAGAGUAGGGGGGAGAUACAGGCUGACGUGACUUCUGCUAAGUGUAGCUUUCUUAGAAACUUCUUAUUAUUGUCAAUGACAUUACAUUAGCCUACUCUCUACUGCCAACU